CCGAGAGAGUAGAAAUGCAGCAGAAUACCGGAUAUCCUGUCAUUCAGGUUCGGCACGUGGAUACCAUUACAAGCAGCCCUAACCCUCAUUAGACCGUCUCUUUCCUCCGAACGCGUGAAGACAGGGAGGAGAAGCGGAGAAAGCUGGAAAGCAGAGGAGACGGACCGGCAGACUUCCAUCCUCACCUUCGCUCUUUGAUCAACCGACUGAUUUAAGAAGCCCCAGAGAAAAGAUGGGGCUGACAUUUACGAAGCUCUUCAGCCGGCUUUUUGCCAAGAAGGAAAUGAGGAUUCUCAUGGUUGGGCUUGAUGCUGCUGGUAAGACGACAAUUCUUUACAAGCUUAAGCUCGGAGAGAUCGUCACUACCAUUCCUACCAUUGGAUUCAAUGUCGAGACUGUAGAGUACAAGAACAUUAGCUUCACUGUCUGGGAUGUUGGGGGUCAGGACAAGAUCCGACCAUUGUGGAGGCACUAUUUCCAAAAUACCCAGGGCCUUAUCUUCGUUGUAGAUAGCAAUGACAGAGAUCGUGUUAUUGAGGCAAGGGACGAGCUCCAUAGAAUGCUUAAUGAGGAUGAGCUUCGAGAUGCUGUUCUUCUAGUGUUCGCAAACAAACAAGAUCUUCCAAAUGCAAUGAAUGCUGCUGAAAUCACUGAUAAACUUGGUCUUCAUUCCCUUCGUCAGCGACAUUGGUACAUCCAGAGUACCUGUGCUACUUCCGGUGAGGGACUGUAUGAGGGGCUUGAUUGGCUCUCUAGCAACAUUGCCAACAAGGGUUAAAGCUUUUGCGAGAUCUCUAGAUGGAGGAACGGGGAGGGUUGCAUCUCUAAAAUUGUGUUUGAGUUUGGUGGUGAGUGUUAAGUCUCGGAUUAUUGAACUUGGUAAAUGGUUUUGUUAAAUGCGCAUGGUGUCUUUAUAAAUUUGUACUCCUAUGGCACUAAAAAAAGGCUUCAGCUUGCUCAAGUAAAAAUCUAUAUAUUUUUCCCCUCUUUUAUUCA